UUGCUUUCCGCCUCCAUCCAUAGACACACAUGAGUGUGCUUGAGGUUGAACCAUGAGGACAUUGGGAGAGGACAGAGACAAGGGAACAGAGGAAGACUCUGUGGCGAGACAGGUGGAAAAGGAAUUUGGCCAACAGUUUCACUGCGACGCAUGCACAAAGGAUAUUAGCAACCUUGUUCGCAUACGCUGCGCCGAAUGUCCCGAUUUUGACUUGUGCGUCGCUUGUUUUGGCCAUGGUGCCGAGCCACCUGGAUCGUCGCACUUGGCGAACCACAGCUAUCGUGUCAUGGAAAUGCUUGAUUUUCCCAUCUUUGAAGCAGACUGGGGCGCAGACGAAGAGCUUAAAUUGGUGACAGCCAUUGAACAGUACGGGCUCGGGAACUGGGAACAGGUGGCCGAGCAAAUUGGGACAAAGAAUAGACGAGAGUGCGCUGGUCAUUAUGAGAGGGUCUAUCUCAAGAGUGAUACUUUUCCUAUCCCUAAUAUGUCGGUUCAGCUAGAUCACACAAAACGUCUGUCGCACAACAGAGGCCCGCCGAAAAAAAUCCCCAAAACCGAGCGCCCACCUUCCAGCGUUCCCGGGAACCACGAGAUCCACGGCUACAUGCCCGGCCGGCGCGAAUUCGAAAUCGAAUGCGAAAACGACGCAGAGCAACUUAUCAAAGACCUUGAAUUCCUUGAAACGGACACGCAACAGGACACCGCACUCAAAAUGGCCAUGUUUGGGAUUUACAAUGCUGCACUCGAUCGGCGGGCCGAACGGAAGCAGUUUGUGUUUGAGCGGGAAUUGACAGACUUUCGUAAACUUCAGCAACUUGAAAAGAAACGGUCCAAGGAGGAAAAGGAAGUUUAUCAGCGUAUGCGCGUCUUUUCAAAAAUGCAGACCAAGCAGGAUUUUGAAGAUCUCAUGGCUGGGCUACUCAACGAAAUGAAACUCCGCGACGAAAUCGCCCAACUCCAAGAAUAUCGUCGAAUGGGCCUCACCUCCCGCCGAGACAUUGAACCUUUUGAACGCGACAAACGCGAUCGUGACGUCCCGCGCCUCACCGCUGCCCGCUUCUCCAACCGCCACCGCGACGAAACCCCUCUCCCCCGCACACCCAUCACCAAACCCCCACCCACACCCACACCCACCACCCUCGCACGCAAACCCGCCGCACCACUCGACAUUUCCCAUGCAGAAGGGCUAGACCUUCUCACACCUACCGAACAACAACUCUGCACCCACCUCCGCCUCUUCCCCAAAUCCUACCUCGUCAUCAAAGAAACAAUUCUAAAAGAAUACGCAAAAACGGGGUCACUACGUCGUCGACAGUGUCGCGAGUUGAUUAAAAUUGAUGUCAAUAAGACAAGUCGAAUUUAUGAUUUUUUUGUUGAGAUGGGAUGGAUUAAGCAGGUUAAGCGUGGAAGAUGAUAGUUUAAUGAUGGACUGUAUUUUGUGGUACACAUUAUAUUUUUCUUUUUGCUUUUUGUAUACCUGUCCACCCUAUUAAUAUAUACGACCCGAUCCGAUUGCAUAGGACA